AUGGCUCCUAUAUCGGCAGAUGAGCGCAACUCGCGCACCAUUUCUACAGCCGCCUGUUUGAUCAUCGGUGACGAAGUUCUGGGCGGAAAGACAGUUGAUACCAACUCUGCCUAUUUCGCCAAAUGGUGCUUUAACCUCGGAAUUAACCUCAAGCGCAUCGAGGUGAUUGAGGACGAUGAAGGCGAAAUUGUUGAGGCUGUUCAGAGAAUGAGUGACCGUUAUGACUUUGUUGUUACUAGACACGACGACAUUACCUACCAAUCGAUCGCCAAGGCCUUUAACCUGCCUCUCAAACUACACCAAGAAACCUUUGACAAGAUGAAACUGAUGUCAAAGGUUCAUCCCAAUCAACCCAAGUUUGAUUGGGAUGUCGACUCGCCAGCAAGAAGGGCAAAACUUCGCAUGGCUGAGUUGCCAAUUGAUGAAUCUCGGGACCUUAAGAAGCAAGCUCUCUUCCCUCAUGAUGAUCUUUGGGUUCCCGUAUCAGUCGUGAACGGAAACAUCCAUAUCUUGCCGGGUAUCCCUAGACUUUUUCAGAGACUUCUUGAGGGGCUGAAACCUCACAUUCUCCCACGUCUCAGCGACCCUGAGGGGAAGGGUACGCAUAGAGUGCUGUUCUCUACGCCUCUUCCCGAGAGUGGUGUUGCCGAUUAUCUCACAACCUUGGCUGCCAAAGUUGGGCCCAAGGGUGUCAAGGUCGGAAGUUAUCCUCGCUGGGGCAAGAAAAACAACACGGUCACACUUGUUGGACGGGAUUUGGACUAUCUUGAGAGUCUCGUUGAUGAAGUCCAAGCUGGCAUACAGGGUCUGCGAGUUGAUGCUGAGAGUGACGGAGAAGAAGACCCGAAGCAGAUUAAGAAGCAGGCGACCGAAGACGCGGACAAGGACACCGCGGAGCAAGUUGUUGAGAAGCCUUGA